AUGAAGAUUAUUCCAAAGGUUUUACGCUGGUGGCGCAGUAAAGAUCGUUGUCAAUCUCAUUCCCAUAAUCCAAUCGGCCAGUCUCGACUAUUCAUCCUUGUACCCAUUGUCACUGUUUUACUACGCAUAAUCACUACUUUUAUCUGGUUGUAUAUAUCAUUUCCCUUUGUCAUUAACCUUGUUGAUAAACAUUUAUGCAGCUUAGAUUCGUCAAAUUCUCUAUGUCAACAUAUUGAUUUCUUCAAAUCGCAGUUCAUGCACUCUGCAGUUCUUUUGCUACGUUUGAAAAUUGUAUGCCUUGUUAGUCAUUUGAGUCAACUCUUACUACAAAGCUUCCGCGUAUCCACAAAUCCCUUCUUCACUCUUCUUGAUGCUAUUUUCUUUGUUCUAAGCGCAAAUUUAAUUGUCGGUGACCAGAAAGUCUUUUCAUCAAUUUUCCCUUCCAUUUUCAUCGUCUCCCUUGUCUCGAUAGCUGGAAUAGGGGUUUUAGUCUACAGUUGGCUACCCUAUGCUCAGGAGGACUUAAAUGAGCAAAAGGAAAGACUUAGAGCUGCUUGGCCUGCUUCUACUGCACAUUCAUCUUCUUAUUAUUCCACAUCUUCUUUGAAUGUAAAUUCUAUGAGUGAUGCAGCCUCUCUUUCCUUGGAUAGUCUCUCUCUGGACAAUAAAACACCCCAUUCUGCCAUCUUUUCGCCCCCUACUUCGACUUCUUUCUUUCAUCAGAACCAUGUCUAUGCGGCCAGUGCCGCACCGGCUUACUCGUAUCUUCGCGAAGUGGGUUCAGCAUCUUCUCCUUUAGCUUAUGGUGAUUUUGACGCAAAGAGUCAUUUCACGAGUAUCAGUCAGGUAUCAAAACUUUCGAAAAGGGAGAAGAGAAGACGUCGACAUAGACAGCCAACUGGAUUACUGAGAUGGGCGCUAUAUCUUCUCUUUGGACGGCUUGAAACUUGGAGUGAUGUGAAGUCGGAGCUUGUAUGCAUAUUGAAUGCAGUUCUUGUUGGCGUUCUUCUUGUUCUUAUUUGCCAGUUAUUUUAUAUUGUUAUGCCUGUGAUAUGGUCUAUCAACGUUUGA